CUCAUUCAGCCAUGGCAUUCAGCCAUGGCCACUGGUUGGACGCAUAUAUAAACAUGGACGGCAUCAACGGAUAAGACAAACAGCUUCUCAGUCUCUUCUCUCGCACUGAUCCAGUUCAAUCUUCAGUACAAUCUCAAGCGAGAAUGAUGCCGAUGAAACGUUUGAUGUUGAUUGCGGCCGUCUUGUUGGUGGUAGCUUCCGCCAACGGCCAAACUACUCCGGUGCCCAUUCUGAAGCAGAUCAAUCGGGUCAACGAUGACGGAUCUUACACCUACGGAUUCGAGGCUGCCGACGGCACAUUCAAAGUGGAGACCCGUGACAACUUGGGCAACGUCAGAGGAAAGUACGGCUACGUCGAUGAGACCGGAGAGUUGAAGACCAUCGAAUAUGCUGCUGGCCAAGGAUUCGAAGCUUCCGGUUCACACAUCCCAGUGGCUGAUGUUGCCGGUGCCUUGCCCGUCUCAAAGCCAGUCGUUGCUCAUCCUCGUCGUCCUGUUCCUCGACCCAUUCAGGUGACUACUACGUUCCGUCCAGUCAGGGUGGAACAACCAGCUCCAGUUCACGUGCCCGCCAGACGCUUGGCCACGCCUUCCCUGUCCGUCCCGUCUUUCUCUAACGUCCGGCAACAACAGGCUGUUCCUCAGCACGUCAAUACCAUCGAUCACAAUGCCCAACGUGGUUUUAGUUUCUCGAUCGAAGCUCCCGUUUUCCAUCCCAGCACCACUACCCCCCAACCGUUCUUCAAUCAAGGCUUCUAAAAUGUCGUUUUUUUAAUUCUUUGGGGUAUUUUGAUUAGUUGUUUUGUUUGAGUCACGAUAAGCCGUGUAUAUAUCUAAAUGAAAAUAAAGAUCGCAAAUUCAA